AUGGCUAUUAAUGGUGCAAAACGAGACAUAGAGGGGCUCGGGGAAUGGUGGUCGACUGCGGCAAGGGGGUCGGGCUGUUCGGCGGCAGGGGGCUCGGGGCUGGGCUCGAUAGCAACGACUGGUGGCUCGAGGGCUGGGCUCGUCGGCGGGUGGGGGGGUCUCGGGUCUGGGCUCGACGACGCAGGGGCUGGGUGGACGUGGAGGCUUGGGGGCUCGUUGGGGCUGGACGGCGCGGAGGCUUGGUGGCUCGUUGGGGCUUGGUGGCCCAUUCUCGGCCGCGAGCAGAAGCCUCCAGGCUCUACUUUUGGACAACUAAAUGACUGUUGGGGCAUUGAACAAUCUGAGGUAUGCCCCUUAAUUUGUCGCAGCUGGUGGAGCGGUGGCCUCGCAGGGGUCGCGACGGUGGUCUCUGCUGCUGCUAGAAUUCUGGUGGUCCUUAUGUGCAAGCAUGAAUUUGAUGCUCGAUACCAGAAGCCUGAAGAUAAACUAUAUAUUGCGCAACUGUAUUUUCCUCUUAUUGGCCAGAUUUUGGAUGAGAUGCCUGUUUUUUACAACCUUAAUGCUGUUGAAAAGCGUGAAGUUCUCAUAGUUAUUUUGCAAAUUGUGCGCAAUCUUGAUGAUGCAUCACUUGUGAAAGCAUGGCAGAAGAGCAUUGCAAGGACUAGAUUAUUUUUCAAACUCAUGGAGGAAUGCCUAAGUCUUUUUGAGGUUCCUUGAUAUUUCCCUUACCUCUUUGAUCUUGUGAUUGACUGUUGGUGUCAUUUAGUUUACUUGUUUGGGUUCUAUAAAGUAUAAACCAUGCAUACAUAUAAUCUUUUUAUUUAUUUGCUAUCUUAUUUUGAA